AAGGCAAGAUGGCGGCGGCCAGUGCAGCAACAAAGUCGAAACUAUUGUCGUUGGUUGAGGAGGCUGAAUGCCUCACCAAGGAUCUUUUUGAAACUACUGCAGCAGUUCGGCAAAAAAUGCCAACUUUGGAGGAUCCACAGAUCAUGGACAUGCUCCUGAAGAAGAAUGAGGAGAUUGAGGCAACACUCAAACAGACAAAGGAGCAGAGGGAGAAGCGACGGGAGAUGGAAUGUCUGCAAGAGGAAGUAGACAAGCGGGAUGAGGACAUCAAACAGCUGCAGAGACAACUCAAGGAGGCAGAGCAUAUAUUGGCUACAGCUAUUUACCAGGCCAAGGAGAAGUUGAAAGCCAUCGACCGAGCCAAUAAGGGGGCCAUAUCUGCAGAGGAGCUCAUUAAAUAUGCGCAUCGCAUUAGUGCAACGAAUGCGGUGUCAGCUCCAUUGUCUUGGGCGCCAGGUGAUACCCGUAGGCCAUAUCCGACAGACCUUGAGAUGCGCAUGGGAAUUCUGGGUCGCCUCAGCAAUCUCCCAGUUGCUGCAGUAACAAACGGCGUCUCAGAGGGAGCAACAUCUGCGUCGGGAGGGGCAGACGUUGCAGCAUCCGCAGGUGGUGGCAUGACAUGGCAGCCCUCUAGCGAGCUGACCGCCAGCCUGACCAUUCCCUCUAGCAUCAGCCAUCAUAGUACGGAGUUGAACCUUGACCUCGGUGCCCCGGGCCAGAACAAAGAGAAUGAGGACGAUGUGGAGGUCAUGUCCACGGAUUCUUCUAGCAGCAGCUCAAGUGAAAGUUUAUGAACAUGUCGUGUGGAACUUCGCUGAUGUGAACUUUGACCCUUGUUUCAUAGUCUGAAUCCACCAAAGGUACAAUAAACCAUCCAUUUUGACCUUUGACAAGUAAGUUUGCAGCUCAAGUAAUGGUUUGUAAACCUAUUAUGUGGAACUCUUCUGAUGAUGUGAACUUUGACCCUUGGCAUGUGUUGUAGUCGGAAUCAAGCAAAGGGACCAUGAACCACCAAUUUUGACCUUUGACAUGUAAGUUUGCAGGUCAAGUAACAGUUUGUAAACCUUUUAUGUGGAACUUUACUGAUGAUGUGAACUUUGACCCGUGGCAUGCAUCGUAGUCGGAAUCCAGCAAAGGGACCAUUAACCACUCAUUUUGACCAUUGACUUGUAAGAUCGCAGCUCAAGUAAUGGUUUAUAAAUCUAGUAUUAUGGAACUUUGCUGAUAUUGUGAACUUUGACCCUUGGCGAGCAAAGGGAUCAUGAACCACCCAUAUUGACCUUUGACAUGUAAAAUGGCAGCUCAAGUGAUAGUUUAUGUACCCAUUAUGUGGAUUUUUACUGAUGAUUUGAACUUUGACCCUUGGCAUAUGUUAUCAUAGUCUGAAACCAGCAAACAACAACCAGGUAUGGCCAAGUUGUGUCCCUAAUCGAUGAUGGUUUCCGCUAGUCUACUAUUAAGAACCAGCCUACUUAUUGCAUCUUUACUUUUCAAUAGCAAAUUUCAUAGCACAGUUAUCAGUGAUAAUGAUAACGUUCGUGAGCAACCAGUCACUUCGACAUGACAUGACAUGACUAGAGAAUUGUUUGCACUUCUACUCUUGUAUGCAAGCAAAUGCAUGUCACUAAAAAAAACCUAGUCAACCAAUGGAACUUGCACUUCUCACUGACUUAUGUUUACCUUGGACACAUAUUUAGCAUCGUUAUAGUGCAAUAAGAGAUAGAUGUAUGAACACCAUUGAUUUGUUGUUUAAAGUUUUCAUAAUAACACACCAUUUACCUAUGUCCUUUGAUAUUGAUAUUAUAAGUUGUCAUGUUUUGAGUAAAAACAGUGAUAAGUGG